UAAACUUUUUCGAAUGCGAACCAAUCGAAUAAACAAACGCAAACGCACAUAUCUACAGAAGGAAUAUUUAUUUUGCUAAAAUUGGGUACCAGGCCUGCAGCUGACCAUAGAAUAAAAGAGAGAGAGAGAGAGCUAAAUAUCGAGGACAAAGGAUUAACUUUAAACACAUCACACAUUUUUAUUUUAAAAACUACGCAAAUAGCCUCUCAACAUCUUUAGAGCCUGGUUGCAGACAAGCUUUCCAAGGAUGAAUAGCUUUCCAAGAUCGCGGAGACAUUGAUAACGACAACUCCAAUAAAUUUGCCAGGAUGUUCAGGCUUCUUUCUGAACCCACUGGCACGAAGAUAUACACCGAUCAGUAUUUGUACGGCAAAAUCUGCCUUAUGAAACGCGCGGAGAACGAGAUGAAAGCGUUUAUUUUCCUUCGCUAGCAGCUAAUGUUUUAUCAUGCCCCUCUUAAUAUGGCAGCGGUACGCCUUCAUUUUCGGAACAUUUACAGACCUGCAAUAUUUUUUUUAACCCUCCUUCGAGUCUCCAUGACGAAUGGCUCACACCGGCUCUCACAAAUAAUUUUCGAUGGCGGGAUUGCUUUCCUUUCUUUUCCUUUUUUUUCUUUCUUUUUUUGCGAAAACGGGCCGUGCUUUUCCGACUAUUACAAUCAGACGUGGGUAGCUUCGUGCACCUGACUUGGUUUUGUCGAGAGGAGACGGAGAGUCGAGAAAGAAGGGAAGGAGAAGCUCCCCCAAGCUACGCUGCUUUUCCCCUUUCCUCCGCCUUCGCCCCCUUCCUACGCUCUCGGCUUUGCUUUGCGUGACAGUUUGGCAAGCCUGCAGUGAAUAUACAGUGAUUCGGAGGAAGGAGAGAAUGACGCUAUGUUCUGCUACCCGUGAGGGAGCACGGCUCAGCAUCAGGGGGGAGGGAGAGAGAGAGGGGGACAAAAAAGGGAGGAGGGCCGCCUACUAUUGGCCAGUUAUCCCCUGCGCCACCUGAGGAGGAAAGCACACGUGGUAGAGGGGGUGGCAACUGUUGCCUAGCCGGGCAAUGAUAUAGCUAUAAGUACGACUCGGGGUCCGUUUGGUUUACCUUACGCGUGGAUAGCGAGUAGACGUGCUGCCCCGGUGACCAUCCAAGAUGCAGCUCCUUACGCUGGCUGUUAUCAUCGUCCUCCUGCCCGGCCUGGCUGUCAGGCCUGUCGUCGGGUACAGCGUGAAUGUCAAUGUCACCUCCGACGUCGCCGAAACAAGUCGCACCGCUCCGAUGGCCCUGUUUCCCCUGGCUCUCGCUCUAGCCACUCCAGCCGUAGCCAUAGCCCUGGGAGCCCUCAAACCCGUCCUCCUGGCCAUGGGACUUAUCUACCUGGCCUUGUACGGCCUCACCUACGUUCCAGUGGUGGGCGAUCUACUGCAAUUCAGCUUCCGUGCUUUCGGAGCGGCCGUCACCGACUCCAUGUCGCCAGGCGUGGGCCGAGACCUGCUUCGCGUCGUGGGCCUGGACACCGAGGCCUGCCGCACCCGGGCCAUCUGCGAGGUCACCGCGGACGCGGUUCGCAAGUACCCCACGGUCGCGGCCAUGCUGUGGUCCCUGACCGGUGCCGUUCAAGCCCACGGGAACAACGAAGUCCUCCAGAAGGGGCUGCUCGGCGGACUGUCCGGUCUCGGGUGCGAGUCGCUCUACUCGACGUGCGCUCAGUCCCCGUUCGAGAGGCUUAUGAGGACGAUGAAGUCGUAGAGCUCGUCACGAAACGCACUAGGUUCUUCCACUUUAGGCUAUUUUCUAAUAAAAAAUAAA